AUGAAUAUUUUCGAGGAGCACCCCAUACAAGGUAGUUGUGUACGGCCUAGUGCCACCUCCAGAUUCGCAACUGACCUAACAUGGGAGGAAGAGACGAACUUGGAUAUGCCUACGUGUGACGCGUGCGACGUUUGUUCUAUGUGCAUACAUGAGAAGGGAUCGUCUGAGAACAUAAUCCCCAUGGUGGCCAUCCCCAGCAAGCGCAAAUAUCUCCAAGACAAAAUUGGCAAAAUAAAAUCAGAGCUUCUAAAAAAUUUACCUGAACAGAAAUUGAAGAAAAAAAAGAAAAAAGGAUGUUACAGUUUUUUUGAAGGGGAAGACGAAGCCCAGGGGGAGGGGGAGGAGGAGAUGAUGAUGAUGAAGAAGAAAAGGAAGAGGAAGGAGAAGGAGGAGGAUGAGGAGGAUGAGGAGGAAGAUUCCCCUUCCGACCAGGCGAUAGACAACCAGAUUUUCCAUCAUAACAAAGGAAACCAUUACGGGGGGGAAGACAAGCACCACGAUGAGUUUCCAAAUUGCGUCACUUCGGACUGUCACAUGAGUAACGGUGCUUCUGGACAUCCUGAUUCCCUUGCGCACUUUAUGGAUGGCUCGGGGGAGAAGGCCCAGGCACGGUGGAGCAGUUGGAGCAGCGCGUUUAAAAAGAAGGAGGUUUUGUCCUCUACCGACAAAGUGACCCUACCCCUGCAGCAGUUGCAAGACAGCCAAUACGUCGGGUACAUCCAAAUAGGCAGCCCGCCGCAAACAAUCAGACCCAUUUUUGACACCGGGAGCACGAACAUCUGGGUCGUCAGCACCAAGUGCAAGGAUGACACAUGUCUGAAGGUGCACCGGUACAACUACAAGUUGUCUCGGAGCUUCCGCUACUACAAGCCGCUCACGAAUCUGGACAUCAUGUUCGGCACGGGAAUAAUCCAAGGCGUGAUCGGCGUGGAAAACUUCCGCAUAGGGCCCUUCAAGGUGUUCAACCAACCCUUCGGACUCGUAAAAAGCGAGAAAAGGAGCGAAGCAAAAUCAAACGUCUUUGAGAGAAUCAACUUCGAAGGAAUAGUCGGACUGGCAUUCCCAGCAAUGCUAUCCACAGGAAAGACAACCAUCUAUGAAAACCUAAUGAACACGUAUAAAUUCAGCCAUAACGAGUUCUCUAUAUAUAUAGGAAAGGAUAAUAAACACUCAGCUUUAAUUUUCGGAGGAGUGGAGAGACGCUUUUUCGAAGGAGACAUUUAUAUGUUCCCAGUGGUGAGAGAAUACUACUGGGAAAUAGAAUUUGAUGGACUGUACAUCGAUCACCAGAAAUUUUGUUGCGACUCCAGUUCCAUUGUUUACAACUUGAGAAAGAAAAAAAAAAAAUGGAAAGUACAAAGAAAUUCCUUUGCGAGGAAAUACUUGAAAAAAAAAACUCACUUGAUGGACAUGUCGAGGGCUUGGCACCACCGUCGGGAAGGCGCACAAGUGGACUCAGAGGAAGAGGAGGAAGACCCAUCGGGGGAAGAUCUCUCAGGGGAGUACCAACAUGGGGGAGACAAAAAUGGAGGGCAUUCCACCAGGGGCGAAGUGAACCUGUAUGGUGCUCACCCGGAAAAAAGGCACCGUAAAGGGGCACACCGUCGACGGCGCAGACGACACAGGUGGAGAAGACACCUCCGCAGAGUCAACCGGAGGGGCAAGGACAAGAAAUUAAAGAAAAACAAAAACUACCUCAUUUUCGAUUCUGGGACCUCCUACAAUAGUGUCCCUAAGUCGGAGAUCGAGUACUUCUUCAAGGUCGUCCCACCGAAGAAAUGUGACGACAGCAACAUAGACGAAGUAGUGACGAGUUACCCCAACCUGACCUACGUCAUUAACAACAUGCCCUUCACGCUGACGCCGGCGCAGUACCUGGUCCGGAAGUCCGACAUGUGCAAGCCGGCGUUCAUGGAAAUCGAAGUUUCGCCUGAAUAUGGCCACGCGUACAUUUUGGGGAAUGCGACCUUCAUGCGAUACUACUACACCGUUUACAGGCGCGGAGAUGGGCACAAGAGCUCCUACGUGGGCAUUGCCAAGGCAGUGCACGCGGAAGACAAUGAGGAGUAUCUGACCGCCCUGCAGAGAAAGAUGAACCAAAUGGGGUAG